AUGAGCAGCAGUCGUGACGUUGUUAUUGAAAUCGAUCAAGGUGACACCAGCCCACCAUCGGACCCAGUGUCUGCCACAAAACUGGAUACCGGCGUUGAAGUUACUUCAACACCUACGGUUGACAACACUAAAGAGGUACCAUGUGUGUGGAAGUUGAUAGAGAUCGGUGAGAACGAACAUGGCGAGUGGGAGCACAGCGAAACCAGCGUGCCUGAGGAAAAUGUGCUCAAAAUCGUGGAAGCGGCUUUGAGCGAUCUUGAGAACGGCACCACACCAAAGAGGAGAACGUUUUGCGCCAUCAGUAUCGAUCCUUUUCGAAAGGAGGCUUCAGACAGUCUGGGAGAGGACAUUGCUAAAUGUUUCGGUGGUUCGUGGCCCGACACGAGCAAUCGCUUGACAUUGUUCCACCGUCUGCCGCCGCGGCUUCAACAUGAAGGAGAUACACUCAAAAUCAAUCAAACCAAUGUCUAUCGAAUUGGGUCUCUCGCUGCGGACAUCCACAUGGCCUGUUCUGAUCAUUCACCAGCAACAUUCGCCUACAUCUGGUCAUGCGUCGAAGCCGACAGGUGGAUUUACGAGACUGCUCCUGAUCUGCUCAAUGACAUCAAGUCACACAAGUCCAUGGCCCGUCAUCCUAUGCUCCUCCUCCAGCUGGCGUGCAAACAAAUGAUUGAAGAGGCCCUGGCAAUCUUGCGGGUCGCCUUCAACGAUGUGGAUCAGGCUGCUCUCGUGACCGAGUUUCGCCAUCGUCGACACGACACCACUGGGAGAGAUCUGUCCGAGAUUGAUCUGAGCGAAUUCUCCGCAGAGGUGUCAGGUAUGGCCAUCAACAUCGCCCAAUUUGGAAACUCACUAGACGAGUUGCUCGAACUCGCCAACUGCAUAAUUUCUGAAUGUACACGCCUCGACACUCUGGUCGAUGUUGACGCUGAGACCACAGUCAAGGGACAGAUGUCGUGGACUGCAACCAACAAUUUUGUGCAGCAAAAUGCCGUCUGCUUGGUCCGCAAAGCCAAGUCAGCACGAUCAGAGUCCAACGCCUGGCAACAUACGGCCUCGAUCAUGGUGCAAGGCCUUUUCAACCUGAUUGCGCAGCGGGAUCAGAAUCAAAACAUCCGCAUUGCCAACGACACACAGAUCCUGGCUCGAGAGUCCAAAAGGGAUAGUACUGCCAUGAAAGCCAUUGCUUUUGUGACCAUGAUCUUCUUGCCUGGAACUUUUCUCAGUUCGGUAUUUUCCAUGAACCUGUUUGAGUGGGACGCCCCUCAUUCGUCCGACGUGGUCAAUCAUCGAAUGUGGGUCUAUUGGGCGGUUGCAGUCCCUCUGACGAUUAUGGUGGUGGUUUUUUACCUGCUCUGGGAGAAGUAUAUGAUGAAGAUGUACCAAAAGAGUGUCAAGCCAAAAGAGGACAAGAAACGGAGCAGUGGAGAACAAGAGGACGAGAACGAGAACGAAAAAGAAGACGGAGAUGACGAAACUGAGAACGACGAUAACAAGAGUGAAAAUGACAAGGCUAGUAUCAAGACGGCCAAGAGUCGACGGAAGUCUGUGGAUUCUGUGCAUGCAGGUAAAGAUAAGGCGGAGAUCAACACCAUACGUGGUAAUGAGAGCCUUACAGCUUUGACGAUGACAAGAAGAGGCACCAAUUUGUCGACUUGGUCUCAAUAUUCAAAGCUUGGGAAAAAGCGAACACGGACGGACUAAUACGUCAAAUCAGAGGGAGGUAGCGAGGUUAGACUAGAGGGACAUAUGUUGAUGGUUGAAUCGUUGACUCGUGUGCAGAAUACUAUCCAUGAGGCUCUCAUGUUGGCAUGUAGAC